CUUGGGCUGGGGCGGGCAGCGACGGAGCGGCGCUGCUGGAGACAGGUAGGAGGGCGGAGGGGCAGGAGACUGGCGGGCGCCUGGCGGCGCACCCUGGAGCUUCUGCUGGAAUGUGUCCCGCCUGGCUUGCGGGGAGAGCAGUGUCGAGGAAGAGGGGCGCGGGACCCGAGCACGGCUGGGCGCUGCGCGCCCGGACCGAGGUGGAGAUGCGGCUGCUCCUGCUCGUGCCCCUGCUGCUGGCCCCGUUGCCCGGGUCCUUGGCCCCGAAGGUGAGGCGGCAGACUGACAUCUGGGGCCACUGGGGUGAGUGGAGCCCCUGCAGCCGGACCUGCGGAGGGGGCAUCAGCUUCCGGGAGCGCCCCUGCCACUCCCAGAGGAGAGAUGGAGUCUUCAGCUGCGUGGGCCCCGCCCGGAGCCACCGCUCCUGCCGCACCGAGAGCUGUCCCGAGGGUGCCCGGGACUUCCGGGCCCUGCAGUGCGCGGAGUUGGAUGGCACAGAGUUCCAGGGACGGCGCUACAAGUGGCUGCCUUACUACGGGGCCCCAAACAAGUGUGAACUGAACUGCAUUCCCAAGGGGGAGAACUUCUAUUACAAGCAUAAGGAAGCUGUGGUAGACGGAACCCCCUGUGAGCCUGGCAAACGGGACGUCUGUGUGGAUGGCAGCUGCCGGGUUGUUGGCUGUGACCACAAGCUAGAUUCGUCAAAGAAGGAGGACAAGUGUCUGCAGUGUGGGGGUGACGGCACGACCUGCUACCCUGUCACAGGCAUCUUUGAUGCCAAUGAUCUCAGCAGAGGCUACAAUCAGAUCCUUAUCAUUCCCACGGGGGCCACCAGCAUUCAUAUCGAGGAGGCUGCUGCCAGCAGGAAUUUCCUAGCGGUGAAGAGUGUUCGCGGUGAAUACUACCUCAACGGGCACUGGACCAUCGAGGCAGCCGGGGCCCUGCCUGUGGCCAGCACUGUCCUGCAGUAUGAGCGUGGCACCGAGGGGGACCUUGCCCCCGAGCGGCUCCACGCCCGAGGCCCCACCUCAGAGCCCCUGGUCAUUGAGCUCAUCAGCCAGGAACCCAACUCUGGCGUGCGAUAUGAGUACUACCUGCCCCUGAGAGCCCCUGACUCUGGCUUCCGCUGGAGCCACAGUUCCUGGAGUGACUGCAGUGCUGAGUGUGGAGGAGGUCACCAGACCCGCCUGGUGUUCUGCACCAUUGACAACGAGGUUUACCCCAACCACCUGUGCCAGCGCCAGCCUCGGCCGGCUGACCGCCACCCCUGCAACACUCACCCAUGCCCACAGACCAAGCGCUGGAAGACAGGGCCGUGGGCGCCCUGCUCAGCCUCCUGUGGAGGUGGCUCCCAGUCCCGCUCUGUCUACUGCGUCUCAGCGAAUGGGGCUGGCAUCCAGGAGGCUGCCAAUGAGGCCGAGUGUACAGGCCUGCCCUGGAAGCCCCCCACCACACAGGCUUGCAACCUCCAGCGCUGCGCAGCCUGGAGUUCAGAGCCCUGGGGAGAGUGUUCGGUCAGCUGUGGCUCAGGGGUCCGGAGGCGGACUGUCACUUGCCGGGGUGAUGAGGGGUCUGUGCUCCAUGCCACGGUGUGCUCCUCAGAGGACCAACCGCCUCUCACUGAGCCCUGUGUGCGUGACACCUGUUCCCUCCUCUAUGACCAGGCCUGGCACGUUGGCACCUGGGGUCUGUGCUCCAAGAGCUGCAGUUCGGGUACUCGGAAGCGGCAGGUCGUCUGUGCCAUUGGGCCACCCAGCCACUGUGAGAGCCUGCAGCUGUCGAAGCCGGCAGAUGUGGAGCCCUGUAACACACAGCCCUGCCAUCUUCCUCAAGAAGUCCCCAGCAUGCCGGAUGGACGCACCAGCCGCAGGGACCCCAGGACAUCUUUGGGUACUCAGGAGUCCCCUGCCUCAGACUCCAGAGGCCAGUGGUGGGCACCCCAGGGGCGAUCCUCAGCCUGGAGUAACCCCAGAGGAAACCAGGGCCCCCACUUGUCGGCCCCAGGCCCAGCCCCAUCUCUGCAGCAGUCCCCACAUCAGCAAUCCCUGCGGUCAGGCUCAGUGCCCUGGGACUGCAGACACAGCCCCCACGGGUGCUGCCCCGAUGGCCACACUGCGUCUCUCGGGCCUCUGUGGCAAGGCUGCCCCAGGGUCUCAUGUCAGCAGAGCAGGUACGGGUGCUGCCCUGAUGGGGUGUCAGUGGCUGAGGGGCCCCAUCAGGCCGGCUGCACAAGGUCGUAUGGCAGUGCCAACACUGGGAAUAGGCUGGUGUCCAGAGCAGUGGCUUCCGCAGCCCACCGGCCGCAGGCCCCCCAGGCCCAGCAGAACCAGCCCAGCGAGUGCCGGGGCUCCAAGUUUGGCUGCUGUUAUGACAACACGGCCUCUGCGGCUGGCCCUCUGGGGGAAGGCUGUGUGGGCCAGCCCAGCUACGCCUACCCGGUGCGGUGCCUACUGCCCAGUGCUCACGGCUCCUGCACAGACUGGGCUGCCCGCUGGUACUUCAUUGCCUCCGUGGGCCAGUGUAACCGCUUCUGGUACGGUGGCUGCCACGGCAAUGCCAAUAACUUCGCCUCAGAAGAGGAGUGUGUGAGCAGCUGCCGGGGGCUCCAGCCUGGAGCCUCUGCCCAGAGCACCCACAGGGAUGCAGGUCCUGGAGGCCAGCAGGAGGCCAGCCGGCAUGGGAUGGGAGCCACAGUCCAGAGGAAGCCCUUGCCUUCCAGCAGCCUCUGGCGGCAAGACCAAGAGCCCCGGCUGGGGGAGGCCCCCCAUACCCAGGCCUUUGGAGAAGGGCCCUGGGGCCAGGAACGUGGGCCCAGUGCCCCUGGACUGGGUGGAGAUGCUGGGCGGCCAGCACCACCCUCCCGCAGCUCUACGUACAGCAUCAGCUUGGCCGGCUCUGAGCCAACCCUGGUGCAGGCUGCCCUGGGGCACUUGGUGCAGCUCUUCUGCCCAGAUGACAGCUCCCUGGACCACCAUGCUGGGUGGCAGAAGGACGGCCGGCCCGUCUCCUCUGACAGGCACAAGCCACAGGCCGACGGCUCCCUGGUCAUCAGCCCCCUGUGGGCAGAGGACGCUGGCACCUACAGCUGUGGCAGCACCAGGCCAGGCCGUGACUCUCAUAAGAUCCAGCUUCGCAUCACAGGGGACGACAUGGCUGUGCUGUCUGAGGCUGAGCCGAGGCACUUCCCUCAGCCCAAGGACCCUGCCCAGCACCUAAGGGAGGAUGCUGGGAGCCUGGGGACCAUCUCUUCUUCUCACCCACGGCCCACAUCCAGGCUUCGUCUGGACAGGAACCAGCCUGCGGUGGUGGAUGCCAGUCCAGGCCAGCAGAUCCGGUUGACUUGCCACGCGGAAGGCUUCCCACCCCCAGCUAUUGAGUGGCAGAAAGACGGGCAGCCCCUCUCUUCUCUCAGGCACCAGCUGCAGCCCGAUGGCUCUCUGAUCAUCAGCCAUGCGGCUAUGGAAGAUGGCGGCUUCUAUGCCUGUGUUGCUUUCAAUGGGCAGGACCGAGACCAGCGGUGGGUCCAGCUCAGAGUUCUGGAGGAACUGACAAUCACAGGGCUGCCCCCUACUGUGACAGUGCCGGAGGGGGACACAGCCAGGCUGCUAUGUGUGGUGGCAGGAGAAAGCGUGAACAUCAGAUGGUCAAGGAACGGGCUGCCUGUCCGGGCUGAUGGCCGUGUUUACCAGUCCCCAGACGGCACGCUGCUGAUCUACAACUCGAGGGCCAGGGACGAGGGCUCCUAUACGUGCAGCGCCUACCGUGGGAGCCAGGCAGUCAGCCGCAGCACUGAGGUGAAGGUGGUCCCGCCAGCACCGGCUGCCCAGCCGAGGGACCCUGGCAGGGAGUGCAUCGACCAGCCUGAGCUGGCCAACUGUGAUUUGAUCCUGCAGGCCCAGCUCUGUGGCAAUGAAUAUUACUCCAGCUUCUGCUGUGCCAGCUGUUCCCGUUUCCAGCCUCAUGCUCAGCCCAUCUGGCAGUAGGGAUGACAGCUCUGAAGACCACACCAAAACAAUUCAUAGGGCUGGGAAAAAGGGAAGAUAGACUCUCGGCCUCCUCUGACUGACGAAGAGCGGGCUUGUGGAGACAAUGCCCUUUCAAAAACCCACCAAGGGGUUAGCCUUGGCAGUAACAGCCUUCCCCCGUGGUCUUCAGCAGUGCUUGCAUCUCUGACAUAACCUCAGGCUGCUGCUGAUUGUCAAAGAGAAAUCUAUUUGGAUAAAGACAACCUUCAUUUUACAACUUCCUCUACAAGUUCUGUCACACAGGAUCAAUUCACUGUGUUUUAAAGCAAGCUGUUAGGGAUCUCACUUGAAUUAAAGAUGGAUAGAAGGUGGGAGGAAAGUCUCUGUUACCAGCUGAGGAGGUUUCGAGGCAAGAAAAAGAGAACCUGUCAGACAUGCUGCUGUCUCAGAAAGCCAGGGACGUUGAGGAGCUGUUUAGAUGUGGCUCAAACACAUCGAACCAAAGUAGCUUUUUGGCGUCAGAAGCUCUCCCCAUCGCCAUGGCUCAUCUACAGUCCAGAAACCAGCUUGCACGGGUGCUAACGGGCCCAAGGUGAUUCCCCUUCUACUCUAUCAGGGCAAAAAGAAAACCAGUGACCUCGUGCUGUACCUUGCUGGCCCCUGCCUGGUUUCCAGACACAUACUGUCUUUCUCGUGAACUGCCUUUAUUACUAUUUUUAAACUUUUAGGUUUUAUAGUUAA